AUGAGCAGCCCGGAUGCGGGGUACGCCAGUGACGACCAGAGCCAGACCCCCCGGAUCGCGCUGCCCGCGGUGAUGGCCGGCCUUGGCCCCUGCUCCUGGGCCGAGUCGCUGAGUCCCCUCGGGGACGUGAAGGUGGUGAAAGGCGAGGCGGCGGCGGCGAGCGGGGGGGCGCCGGCCGGGGCCGCGGGCCGGGCCAAGGGCGAGUCCCGCAUUCGGCGGCCCAUGAACGCCUUCAUGGUGUGGGCGAAGGACGAGCGCAAGCGCCUGGCGCAGCAGAACCCCGACCUGCACAACGCCGAGCUGAGCAAGAUGCUGGGCAAGUCGUGGAAGGCGCUGACGCUGGCGGAGAAGCGGCCGUUCGUGGAGGAGGCCGAGCGGCUGCGGGUGCAGCACAUGCAGGACCACCCCAACUACAAGUACCGGCCGCGGCGGCGCAAGCAGGUGAAGCGGCUGAAGCGGGUGGAGGGCGGCUUCCUGCACGGCCUGGCCGAGCCGCAGGCCGCCGCGCUGGGCCCCGAGGGCGGCCGCGUGGCCCUGGACGGCCUGGGCCUGGCCUACCCCGACCAGGGCUUCCCCGCGGGCGCGCCGCCGCCGCCGCUGCUCCCGCACCUGGGCGGGCCCUACCGCGACUGCCAGGGCCUGGGAGCAGCGCCCCCUCUCGACGGCUACCCGCUGCCCACGCCCGACACGUCUCCCCUGGACGGCGUGGACCCGGACCCGGCCUUCUUCGCCGCGCCGCUGCACGGAGACUGUCCCGGGGCGGCGGGUCCCUACGGCUACGCGCAGGCCUCGGACUACGCGGGGCCCCCGGAGCCCUCGGGCCAUGCCAUGCCGGGCCUCCUGGCGCCCCCCAGCGCCCUGCACAUGUACUACGGCGCCAUGGGGUCGCCCGGGGCCGGGCGCGGCUUCCCCCAGAUGCACCAGCAGCAGCAGCAGCAGCAGCAGCAGCACCCACAGCACCCGCAGGGUCCGGGGCAGCCGUCUCCCCCUCCCGAGGCGCUGUCCUGCCGGGACGGGGCGGACCCGAGCCAGCCCGGCGAGCUCCUCGGGGAGAUGGACCGCACGGAAUUCGAACAGUAUCUGCACUACGUGUGCAAGCCCGAGAUGGGGCUCUCCCCGUACCAGGGACACGACUCGAGCGUGAACCUCCCCGACGGCCACGGGGCCAUCUCCUCCGUGGUGUCCGACGCCAGCUCCGCGGUAUAUUACUGCAGCUACCCUGACGUGUGA